AGGAAACAACAUUAUAACACAGAUCAGAGAAUAGCGCAGUCUGGACCCUUUAAACACGGGAAGUUUACGCUGUGGCUCGCAUCUUCCUGGUCUGAUCAUGCGCAUGCAGAGGUCUAUAAUCACACAGUAGUUCCGUUCAUUCUGAUCCAGGUGCAAACGCGACCAAAACAGCCACUUCUUCCGCUCCGUGCGCCUUUACGCUCCUUAUUACGAUGCAGUGAGCGAAAUCGGCUCGUUUUUAUUCUCUUUUGGGGAAGUCUAAUUAUUUUGUUUUCGUUUUUGGUGGAUUAAAGACACGGAGAGAUGUCCACGACUGACGCGAACCAACUCUUGAGCGAGGAGGAGCAGAGGAGCCGAACCGGAGCCGAGCCGGAGGUCCCAGACGCCGGCGUGCUCCAGCCGCAGACCGUCUUCGUGAUCCUGGAUUCGGCAGAGUCUCUCAAUCUCGUCCGAGUGGAGUCUGGGAUCGUGGCCGACAUCGAGGUGGACAGUCUCCUCCCCUCAGACACAGAUACUUUCUACGAGAUCAAGAGUCAACCAAUCAGCAUCAGUUCGUCUGGAGCUGGUUCGUCUCUGUCUUCUUCUCUGCCCUCAGCCAUGUCCUCCAGAGUUCUUCUUCGCCAGGACCUGAUGAGGCAGCAGGCUUUGGAGCAGCAGCAGAAGGAGCUCCAGAAACAAAAGGGCCCCGCUCAGAGCUCGGAGCCCAUCCAGGUCUCACUGUCCUCGGGCUCAGGGGCAGCAGCACAGGUCCCUCUGGAGGUCCUCAAGGUGCAGACUGGUCUGGAGAACCCAACCCGGUACCACAUCCAGCAGGCCCAAAGACAGCAGGUCAAACAAUACCUGUCCACCGCCCAGAGCAAAGCAGCCAAUCACAACGCAGCAAAGAGGCAGACAGGUCCCGCCCCCAAGAGAGACUCCGCCCACAAGACCAGCCCGAAACAAGAGAUGGAGGAGGCGGUGCUUGAAGACAUCAUCAGUCUGGAGUCCAGCCUGAACGACGAGUAUCUGACCCUGUUUGAACCGGGACUACAGCUCGCCACAACGAUGCCAGAUGUGGGGGCUCUGGACAUGUACAGCGGCAAAGGGUUGGCCACGCCCUCUGUCACUGUGAGCAACAGCUGUCCCGCCGAGCUGCACGCGAUCAAACACGAGAUCCACGAAGUCGAUACCAAAGCCCUGAUCAAAGAAAGACAGAAGAAGGACAACCACAACCUCAUUGAGAGAAGGAGACGGUUCAACAUAAAUGACAGAAUCAAAGAACUGGGAGUCCUGAUUCCCAAGUCUAGUGACCCAGAGAUGCGCUGGAACAAAGGGACCAUCCUGAAGGCCUCUGUGGACUACAUCAGAAAACUACAGAAAGAACAGCAGCGAGCGAGAGAGCUGGAGGACAGACAGAGGAGGCUGGAAAGUACCAACAGAUCAUUACUACUGAGAAUACAAGAGUUGGAAGUUCAAGCUCGUCUUCAUGGCAUCUCCUCCUCCACCUCCACCACCUCCUCACUGGACCCCCCCAUGACACAGCGUCUUCUGCCCCCCCCUUCCCCGGCCCUGAACCCGUCCAUGUCCCCAGCCUUGGUCUCUCCUCUGGGGCUAGACUCUCUCAGCUUCACCGAUACCUCUCUAGAAGACCCCCUGGACGACGAGGCUCGGGGGGUCAGGAGCAGCGUCUUCUCCCCGGGUUUGGAGGCUCUCUCUGGGCUUGGCGAUGGGCUGGACCUGGGUCUGGGGGUGGACGUGUUGAUGGAGGAAUGCGGGGCUGAUCCUCUUCUUUCCUGUGGGGCCUCCAAGUGCAGCAGUAGAAGAAGCAGCUUCAGCAUGGAGGAAGAUCUUUGAGGUUACACUCUUUUACAAUGGACUUUUACCAGUAUAGAUGUUUUAAAGGUGCACUUUUUUGCUAGAGGGUCCAUUAAAUGCUUUUCUCAUGGCGAUGUUAUUGCUUUGUCUGGAAUGUUUCACAGUAUGGCAUUAACCAAACCAGAAGUGACAGGUCAGAAAGUCACUCAUAGUCAGAAUGUCUCUUUUUCUUUGUGUUUUUGAGCUCUAAAACCACCUGUAAUUGAAUAAAUAAUGUAAUAAAUGUAACGUAGAGCUGUUUAAUGCCAUACUGUGGAACAUUCCAGGCAGAGCAAUAAUAUAUCCAUAGAAACAAGCAGAUGACAGACCCCCCACCAGAAAAGUUUCACAAUGCACCUUUAUUAAGUCAAGCUACAGUUAUCACAAUAUCAACAAACUAACAGUAUCAUACAUGUAAUUCCACUGAUGGCCACCAGAGGCUGCUGUGAGCUCCACAAACUGGGCACCGCUCGGUUUAGGAAGUAAAUUUUAUUCAUUUUUCCAGGUAACUUUCUAAAACAAUACAUAAAUAAAUGUUUGAAUGAUUACUUGGGGAUUAUUAGAUAUGUUGAAACUGAAGAAAGACCUAUAAAUGUAUUUAAAAUCUGUCUCUGAAACUUUAUGAAUUGUAACAUUUCGUCAACAUUUUUUAGGGAGAAAAUGAAUGCACAAUUUACUUUCAUAACCACAGCAAGCUCUGAAUUGGAUUGGACCAUAGACUGUAUAUAUAAAUGGACAUAGCUAACCCUCUACAUCAGGCAUGUCCAAACUAUGGCCCGGGGGCCAAAUGCGGCCCUCAGACACAUUUUUCUUGGCCCUCAGACUUCCAGGUGAUUUGGCCCAAAUUACCUUGCAUCAAUUAAAUUUUUUUUGAAAAUCUACCUUGAUAAAGCCAGUGUUGAAUAUUUAUGUAUGGUUUUAAGGAUCUUAGCAUGAAUAAAGACUGAUGGCUCAUUCUAACGUGUUAAACAUGCACAUAUUUCAAUUAUUAGCUGUAUUGAGCACCAGUCUACGGCUCUCGAUCGGCCCUCUGCUUUGUCUGUGUUUAGAUAUGUAGCCCUUGAUGAAAAAAGUUUGGACACCCCUGCUCUACAUGAUCCUGGGGUUUUUAUUGUGCUAUUUUGUCAUGAAAAAAUCCUAUUCUAUCCUAUUCCUAAAACGGAUCUGGCUCCAAAUUGACGUCACAUUCGCUUAGUCCACUCCUUUAUACAGUCUAUGGAUUCCUUACAACUGAUCCUAAAGUUAAAAUAAAAGGACUGUUUAAUCACAUCAACAAACAGCAAAGGAUUAUGGGUCUAUUUACACAACUAUUUCAUCACUUCAGUUAAUGCAAAUAUAUUUUUUAUCUUUUUAAAUGUGCUUUAUUUUGAAAUGCUGCCUGAUCACAAAAUUGUAAGUCAAAUGAGAAAAUGUGUAUCUUUUUUUCAUUAAAUGUAACUUUUUUGACAGAGAUUCUGACACUUGGUUGUUAUAGCAUUGCUUGAAAUGUUCCACAGUAUGACAUUAAAACAUAUCUAACUUGCAUUUAUUCGAUUAAGUACUGUAUGUUUUUAUUGCUGGCAAACACCUUAAAAAAAACAGGCAUUCUUACUGUGAGCGGGUUUGGCUCUCUGCACAUCUCACCUGAUACUUCUAGUCUGGUUUAAUGCCAUACUGUGGAACAUUCUAAGCAAAGUAAUAACAUCUCCAUGGUGAAAAGCAACCGUCAGAUCCUCCACCAGAAAAAGUUACAUAGUUCUCCUUUAAAUGUUGUAAAUAUGAGUUAGGAAAAAAAAAAAAAAACUUUGCUAUUACAGUUAGAAAUAUAAUAUACCCAAAAUGGAGCCUGGUAAAUCUGUGUAUCAUUUGUUCAUUCGUUUUUCAAAAUAAAACCAAAAAUAAGAAAAAGAA